AUGUUUCCAGCAAAUUACGUUCAUUGCAUGAAUCCAGGAUAUAAGGAAAUUAGUUAUGCCAACAAUUCUCUUCUACAAAAAACAAUAAUAUCAAAAGUGUUGCCCACCCUAGACGAUACCAUCAAAGAUGUGUUCAGCAAAAAUUUCCCAAUAAGCACGUUUGAGAUAGCAGACUUGGGUUGCUCUUCAGGUCCUAACACCUUCCUCAUAAUAUCUCAAGUCAUUGACUCCAUCCAUGGGAUAUGCCAACAAGCACAAUUAAAGUUUCCUGAAGCUAGAGUGUUCCUCAACGAUCUUCCAGGAAAUGAUUUCAAUGCAAUAUUCCGAUCAGUCCCUACUUUCUACGAAGGACUUCAAAAACAGAAAGGAGACAUGCUCGAGCCUUGUUUCAUAGUGGGAGUGCCAGGUUCUUUCUAUGGCAGACUUGUUCCAAGCCGAAGCCUUCAUUUUAUACAUUCUUCUAAUAGUCUUCAUUGGCUGUCACAGGUUCCACCGGAAGUUAAGAAUAUCAACAAGGGAAACAUAUGCAUAGCGGAAUCAAGUCCUGCCAAUGUAGUUAAAGCCUAUGCAGAGCAAUUCCAAAAAGAUUUCUCAAAGUUUCUAAGCUCACGCUCCCAAGAACUUAUAGCUGGAGGGCGAAUGGUGCUUACCUUCUUGUGUAGAAACAACCCAAAUCCCUGUACUGAAGCUGAAGAUUGUUGUUUUGCAUUGCUAGGAAAAACUCUUGUUGACUUGGUUGCACAGGGGCUUGUAAAAGAGGCUGGUGUUGAUUCUUUUAACCUUCCAUUGUACAAACCUCACAAAGAAGAAGUAUGUGAGAUUGUUCAAAAGGAGGGAUCGUUUGGUAUUGACAAACUGAAAGUUUUUGAAGUGGAUUGGGAUCCUAGAGACGAUGUUCAUUACAAAGACAGCGAGUUGGGCAAGUGCCAAAGUGGGCAAUACUUUUCGAAUACAAUUAGAGCAGCUGUGGAACAAAUGAUUUCUUUCCAUUUUGGAGACGCUAUAAUUGACAGGUUAUUCACGAGGUUUGCAACACGUGUUGCCGAGCAUCUAGGUGAUCCAAACAAGGGCAAGACGGUUAACAUUCUCAUUUCAUUCACCAAGAAGUAG